AAUGCAGUAGCGCGGGGAAUUUCGAGUGGUAUUGGAGCGCCAGAGGCUAGUGGGUGGCGGACCCCUAGCAUCUUCGGGAGAGACCAUGGACUCCCUGGCCGAGCCUCAGUGGCCUCCGGGCCUGGCAGUCAUGAAGACAAUAGAUGAUUUGCUGCGGUGUGGAAUUUGCUUCGAGUAUUUCAACAUUGCAAUGAUAAUACCUCAGUGUUCACAUAACUACUGCUCUCUCUGUAUAAGAAAAUUUCUGUCCUAUAAAACUCAGUGUCCAACUUGUUGUGUGACUGUCACAGAGCCGGAUCUGAAAAAUAACCGCAUAUUAGAUGAACUGGUAAAAAGCUUGAAUUUUGCACGGAAUCAUCUAUUGCAGCUUGCUUUAGAGUCACCACCCAAAUCUCCUGCUUCUUCCUCUUCAAAGAAUCUUGCUGUCAAAGUAUGUACUCCUGUAGCCUCCAGACAGUCUUUAAAGCAGGGGAGCAGGUUAAUGGAUAAUUUCUUGAUCAGAGAAAUGAGUGGUUCUACAUCAGAGUUGUUGAUAAAAGAAAAUAAAAGCAAAUUCACCCCUCAAAAAGAGGCAAGCCCUGCUGCAAAGACCAAAGAGACACGUUCUGUAGAAGAGAUGGCUCCAGAUCCCUCAGAGGUUAAGCGUCCUGAGACACCCUCAACAUCCACUUUGAAACACAUUACUAAAGUGAAGUUUAGAGCACCUUUUAGGCAGAAACUCUUAGACAUCUUUGGUAUACCCAUACCACACACAGUGCAGAGAUUGGAUUGUCCUGUUUGUGGGGUUAAUAUUCCAGAAAGUCACAUUAAUAAGCAUUUAGACGGCUGUUUAUCACGCGAAGAGAAGAAGGAAAGCCUCAGAAGUUCUGUUCACAAAAGGAAACCGCUGCCCAAAACUGUAUAUAAUUUGCUCUCUGAUCGUGAUUUAAAGAAAAAGCUAAAAGAGCAUGGAUUAUCUAUUCAAGGAAAUAAACAACAGCUCAUUAAAAGGCACCAAGAAUUUGUACACAUGUACAAUGCCCAGUGUGAUGCUUUGCAUCCUAAAUCAGCUGCUGAAAUAGUUCAAGAAAUCGAAAAUAUGGAGAAGACUAGGAUGCGUCUUGAAGCUAGUAAACUCAAUGAAAGUGUAAUGGUUUUUACAAAGGACCAAACAGAAAAGGAAAUAGAUGAAAUUCACAGUAAAUAUCGUAAGAAACAUAAAUGUGAAUUUCAGCUUCUGGUGGAUCAGGCUAGAAAAGGAUACAAGAAAAUUGUUGGAAUGUCACAAAAAACAGUAACAAUAACAAAAGAAGAUGAAUCUACAGAAAAGCUAUCUUCUGUAUGCAUGGGACAGGAAGAUAAUAUGACCUCAGUAAUAAACCACUUUUCUCAAUCAAAGCUGGUAACAAACCACUUUUCUCAAUCAAAGCUGGACUCCGCAGAGGAAUUGGAACCUGACAGAGAAGAGGAUUCUUCUAGCUGUACUGAUAUUCAAGAAGCUCUUUCUUCACCAGAAUCCGAUUCAUGCAAUAGUUCCAGUUCAGACAUCAUAAGAGAUCUCUUAGAAGAAGAGGAAGCCUGGGAAGCAUCACAUAAAAACGAUCUUCAAGACACAGAAAUAAGUCCAAGACAGAAUCGCCGCACAAGAGCCGCUGAAAGUGCUGAGAUUGAACCAAGAAACAAGCGUAAUAGGAAUUAGUGUGGGCUUUUGCUGACUUUUCAAAUGCAGUGAUUAGAAUAAGGUACUUUUGGUUGCCACAGACAGAUUUCCUAUUUAUAAAUGCCCAAGGAAAGAUGCUAAAUUCUAAAUAUUAUGGUUAGCUGAUGUUCAUUCUUUUCUGCUUUUCCAGAGGGGAAAAAUAUUACAAAGUAUCUGUACUUGGUCAGUUGCCUCCUUCCUCUAAAACAUCUCUAUCUAAAAAUACUGACAUUUUACACAAGCACCAGCUUUGCAGAGUAGGCAGACUCUUUGGCACUUUGGCAGAGGGAUUUGGUUUGGUUUGGUAUGGUUUGGUUUGAUAUCUAAAUUUCAGAAUGUCCUUAGGCCAUUCUCCUUCUCUUCCCUGGAGAAUCCAACCUCACAAAAGGAUUCUUUCAACCUCUUUAUUACAAGAAACAGUUGAGUUAAAUGUUUAUGUUUUUGGAAAGGCAGGAUGUCAGUUCACAUCCUUGGUGUGUGUAAGUACCAAUGCAGGCCACCACCAUGCCUGUGGUACAGCAGCUCCAUGAUGGUUGUUGCCCGAGGUUAAUGUAGUUGUUUGUUAGACCUGUGUCUUACACAUUUCUCAGAGUAAGAUAUUAGUAUUAUAAUUUAAAGCCACAACAGUCAGAAAGUCAUAAUAACUUAGAAACAUUGCACAUAUUCUUCUGAAAUAGCACUUAAAAAUGAUUAGUGUAUUUUUUCACUUGGGUCAAUCAAAUCUGUAACACUGAAUCCAAGCUAUUAAACAAAAAAAAUAUGCAAUGAAUGAAUUUUGUAAAUGAAUAGAGUGUAUCAGUUUACAAUAAUGUUCUUAAAACAGGAUCCUCUGGAUAGCUGAGUAUGGGUUAGAAAUCAUUGAAAUGGAUUGGUCAGAAAUUGCUAUCUGUGUGUAAAAUGUCUACCAGUAGCCAGAUGCUUCCGGAGUUCAUAAUGCCUCUCUGGCAUUUCAGAGCCAGCAUUCCCCAACUCCCACCCCUCUGCCACCACCCAACCCAAACACAUCAUCUUUCAAAUGAGAUGACAGCAAAUGCAGCAAUGUUAAGACAAGAAAUUUGUAAUUUGCCAGGUUCAACAUUUAUGACCUCCCCAUUCCAAAGACUGUCUCUGUUGACCUUGGCUUUUUGAUGUGCUUUGGGGUUUCUGAUAAUGUGCAGAGUCUCAUUAUGGCUGAGAGUUUAGUGUUUUCACAGUGAAGUCCAGACAUUUGAUUUCUUUAUGAGUUCCUUGUGUUAGAAAUGACUAUAGAAAAAUUUGUCAUAAUAAUUUCAUUUGCUUGAAAUCCUUAAUGGUGCAUUAAGGAAACUAAAAGCACCACUUACCAAAUCCAUCAGCAGAACUGAUGUGAGGUAAGUGAGCAUGUCAAACAAAAUUGGGGCUCACAUGACUAUAUUUAUGUCACUGAGUUGUCAGAAAUUAUGUCAAAAUGAAAACUGCUUGUUUCAUGACAAAUUACACAGUCUGUAAAUUAAACUGGAAGUAAUUACUACUUUAACUGCAGCAAAAGGAGUUUAUGAGGGAGUGGUGAGACCCAAGACUGGGAAAGCAGGCACAUGAGUUCAUUCAGCAAAUAUUUAGUUAUCUACUUAGUUAUAUAUCUGUCACUGUACUGACACUGGGAAUACAAAGGUGGCCAAAGAUCAGCUAGAACAGUGGUUCCCAGUGGGGUGGGCAGAAAGAUUUUGCCCCCCAGGAGAUAGCUGGCAAUGUGUGGAGACACUUUUGGAGGUGGAGGGUGGUGAGGGGUACUACCAGUAUCAAUGGGUGGAGGCCAGGGAUGGUGCUAAACAUCCAACCCUCACGUGUUAGUUUGCCAGGGCUGGCAUCACAAAAUACUACAGACUGGGAAGCUUAAACAACAAUUCUGGAGGCUGGAAGUCCAAGAUCAGUAGGGUUUCUUCUUCGGCCUCUCUCCUUGGCUUCCAGACAGUGGCCUUCUUCCGACGUCCUUGCAUGGUCUUUUCUCUGUGUGCACAUGACUGUGCAGGACUGGUGUCCUGAUUUCUUAUAGGGACAGCAGUCAUUGGAUCAGGGCCCAUGCAUAUGGCCUCAUUUUACUUUAGUUACCUCUUUUUUAGGUAGAGGACCCUAUCUCUCAAUACCGUCACAUUCUGAGAUACUGACAGUUAAGACUUCCAACAUAUUUAGUGGCAGGGGUUGGGGGGCACACUUUAGCCCAGAACACUCCACAGUAAAGAACUAUCCAGUCUAAAAUAUCAGUUGUGCCAAGAUUGAGAAACCUGUAAUGUAAAGGAACUCCCAAGUCUACCUGAAAAAUAAGGUCUAAAGAGCUUUUGUUGAGCACUAUCUGUUAGCACUUAGCAUAUGUUUAAUAUUCAUACAUUGAAAGAAAUGUAUGUUUAUAUCCAUCUGACAAAGAUUAAGGAACUUAGAGUAAGUGGUAGAUCCAGAAUUGAAACUGAUAAACUUCUGGUUCUAAAAUUAACCUUUUGUGAAAAUACAGUUCUCACCAAACUUACAGUAAUUCACUGGUUAUUAACUCUUUCUACCUCCUCACUCCCCUCAAAGUUAUAACAUCUCCCAUCAACGUCAGCUCAGAAUGGCAGUGAUGCUUAUGGUUUGUGGGGGUGCGGGUGAGCUGCUGGAUGCAUUUUAGAUGGCCUAGUAUGCCAAGCCAUCCUUUCAUCCUCUACACUCGUCUUUUUUUCGACCUAAUGAAAGAAUUCAUACACGUAAGACCAUGUAUAUAAUAUAGGGAGGUUCGCCUUUAAAAACAAAAUCGUAUGGUAAAGACUGAUAUGUCAACAGGGAUAGACAAAAUAGAAAAAGCUAGAACUGGGGAAAAAAAACCCAGAAACAAUGAAUUUCAAACUUCUUCGCAUCCGAUAAAAGAAAGUAGCAGUGAUUCAAAUGAGAAACACUUCUGUUAUGUACAUAUUUUAAAAGUAUGGACAUAAGAGGGAAAACCACAACCAUUACAUUUUUUUUUUACCAUUUCAAUAAUUUUUUUUUGGUUUUUAGUCUGUUUUUUAGACAUCUUUAAGAACAACUAUCUGAGGCUGUAAACAAGUAUUUAUAUUAACACCCAUGAUACUGAUUUUAUGCUCCCUACCUGCACUGAGACCUUAAAGGGGGCAUUUCUCCAUUCCUUCUGUGUAUUUCUGGGUAUCCCCAGGUUCAGAUAUUCAGAAUACAGAUACAAGUCCAUGCUUGCAUAUGUUGCUGCUCCCCUGACAGACUUCUACCAGCAUCUGCCCUCCUUACUGCUGCUCUGUCACGUGCACUGCGGCUGGUCCUGCUGGAAAGUCCUACCUUGCCUAGGACACCAUCCCCAAUACAGCCCCAACAUGCAAACCUGCCAAGUGCUAGGGCAGCCCUGCCUUCCUGUCCAUUUCAGUCUCCUGGCCUUGCUGUGUUCCAAGUGGAAAUGGGAGUGUGCUUUCCCGGUUUGCUAGUGUACUUACUGUCACCCGGACCACAGCGUCCUGUGCAAAAAUUUGCUUCUUCUCUCUUCCCCUUUCCCUCUUUCUUCUUUCUCUCCCCCCACCCUUUUUUUUUCUUCUUUCCCCUUACCCUUCUUUCCUUUCUUCUCUUCCUCUCCUUCCUUCCUUCAACUAUUAGGACUAUAUGUCAAGUAAUAUGCAAAACAAAGACAGGUCCUGCCCUGAUGAAGCUUGUAGACCAGAAGGGAAGAUGAGCAUUAAGUAAUUAUAUAGAUUAAUGUACAACUGUGAUGAGUGCAACAAAAGAGAGGUUCAUGGCACUAUCAAACAUACAGUGGAGGGAUUUUGUUUUUGCCUAUAAACUCUUGCCAUAAAAAAGCUUGAAAAUCAGUCCAGGGGGACAGUGUUAAUCACCAUGUUCUUUCCUUAUCCUUGUCUCCCCCAAAAUUCAUGUGUUGAAACUUAACAAGAGGUGGGAACUUUAGGAUGUGAUUAAGUUGUGAGGGCAGAGCCCUUAUAGAUGGGGUCACGGUCCUUCUAAAAGGGGUUGAGGGAGUGGUUUUGUUUCCUUCCAUCCCUUCCGCCACAUGAGGACACAGUCUUCGUUCCCUCUGGAGGACUCAGCAGCAACACACCAUCUUGGAAGUAGAGAGCGGUCUUCACCAGACGCCGAAUCUGGAAUCUGCCAGUGCCUUGAUCUUGGACUUCCCAGCCUCCAUACCUGUGAGAAAUAAAUUUAUAUUGUCUAUAAA